GUAGGCAGUUAAGCCUACCCUAAAGUCUGUAAGUCGGCGAAAUUAUUUUAUGUUUUUUGGACGUGCGUAGCUCAAUAGACUACCCUACCAUAAACGCUGCCAGCCAUGUCCCGUUACGGUUCAUUAGGCCACAUGGUCAGCACGGGCCGGAAGGACACUUUCGGUUGACAAACUUUAAUUUAUAAUACUUUUUCCCCCGCCGAAAAUGGGAAGACUCUGCGAGAAAAAUAACUCCACCCCUCAACUGUGUAAGGAGUUACGCCUUCUCCGAAAAGUUUAUAUAUACUGCGGAAGGGCGUCAAAACAGAUAUAAUCAGUCGAGCCUCCAAUUCUGCAUCAUCGAACAUUCUAUACUGAUUCCGUAACAUUGUAUUCAAUAGCAUUUCUGUAAUAUCACACAUAGUCUCCAUAGUUCACAUUAAACACCUUACCUCUUGCAAACACACUAUUGCGAGCAAUAUUUAUUCAUUUCACACCUAACCUAUCUCGCGACAAUUGGUGACCCCGACGUGAUCGCGACGUGAGUGUUACGUGACUUUGUGAAAAGUUCAGUGACAAAGUGCAAAGACACAGUUAAAUAUAAGAGACUUCAUACAGACAUUUACUUAGUUUACAUAGAGACACACAUAGUUAUAUUUAGUUCAAUAAGUGCGAAUUUAGUGUUAGUGAUGGCUGAUGAAGAUAGAGACGUUUUCUUCAGCCCGCAAAAGAGUGGAAAUCUGCAGCAAGGAUCAAACCCCUUUGAGGUGUCGAACAUCGACCGUGUGGGCAUCAGAGUUCCACCCUUUUGGUCCAGUAACCCGCUGCUCUGGUUUCAUCAAUUGGAAUCACAAUUCGCACUCAACAACAUAACUGUGGAUUCCACAAAAUAUUUCUAUGUGACGUCGUUUUUGGACAUUAAAUGCUUGCAAGAGGUCGAGGAUGUUAUACAAAAUCCUCCUGAUACUGGAAGAUACGAGAAGAUCAAGGAGGAGCUAAUACGGAGGUUAUCCAGAUCGCAGGAGCAACGGAUUCAGCAGCUCCUGGAACAUGAAGAAAUUGGCGAUAGGACACCUUCGCAAUUUUUACGCCAUCUCCGCAACCUGGCUGGGGAUAUUAAAGUGCCGGAAAAUUUCCUGAGGACGAUCUGGAUGAAUCGACUGCCAGCAUCAAUGCGGACCAUCCUCGCCACGCAGAUGGAUGCAUCUCUCGAAAAGAUGGCGGAGUUGGCUGAUAAAGUCAACGAAAUUACGCCUAUCGGCAAAUGUGCAGCCGUCUCCACGGACACCCGAUUUGAAUUAUUGUGCGAGCAAAUGGCGCGACUAACUCAGCAAGUCGCGGAGCUCGCGAAGCACAAUUCCACGCAGCGUCCUGGGAGAUCUACUUUCCGCGGACGGAGGAAGUGGCGGAACUACGGCCGCAGCUCCAGCCGAAGCCGGAACAACAGCCGCAGCCCCAGCCCGUCGCAGCCAGGUGUUUGUUGGUAUCACCGAAGAUUUGGCGACAGGUCAACAAGGUGCACCAUCCCCUGCACGUAUCAACAGCAACAUCAGGGAAACGAGGCCGAUCGACCUUAGAUGCGGCAGAAGUCGUCGAUCCUACAACGAGCCGCCUAUUCGUAAGCGAUAGAGUAAGCAAAGUAGAAUUUUUAAUAGACACGGGCGCC